UGGAGCGAUUUGCUUCUUAGGAAACAAAGAAAAAGUCCGUUAUCAUCUUCAUCGUCUUCUUCUUCCUCACAACAAAUCUUGAAAUCGAGAUCGAAAAAAACAAAAAGAAAAAGUGAUGGAGUCGAAACCAAACCCUAGACGUCCUUCAAACACUGUUCUUCCAUAUCAAACACCUCGAUUGAGAGACCACUACCUCCUCGGCAAAAAGCUAGGCCAAGGCCAAUUCGGAACAACCUACCUCUGCACGGAGAAAUCAACCUCCGCUAAUUACGCCUGCAAAUCGAUUCCCAAGCGGAAGCUCGUCUGCCGCGAGGAUUACGAGGAUGUGUGGCGCGAGAUUCAGAUCAUGCAUCAUCUCUCCGAGCACCCCAAUGUUGUUCGGAUCAAGGGCACUUAUGAGGAUUCGGUUUUUGUUCAUAUCGUUAUGGAGGUUUGUGAAGGCGGUGAGCUUUUCGAUCGGAUUGUUUCUAAAGGCCAUUUUAGUGAGCGUGAGGCCGUGAAGCUUAUUAAGACGAUUCUUGGCGUUGUUGAGGCUUGUCAUUCUCUUGGUGUUAUGCAUAGAGAUCUCAAACCUGAGAAUUUCUUGUUUGAUAGCUCUAAAGAAGAUGCUAAGCUUAAGGCUACAGAUUUUGGUUUGUCUGUCUUCUACAAGCCAGUGCAAUUUUGUAGAGACUAA